UCGAGCAACACAAACGCCAUCUUGCCAGCGCCCUCAAAAUGGAAGCAAGAUGAGAGCUCAAAGCAGAGCCCGGACCAAAAUUCCUUCGACGCGCUUUUAAAAGCUACACUCACCUCUUUGAUGGUCAACGAGUGGUUAUGGGGUUGAUGUCAUGUGAGGCAACGCGGAGCCCUUAACCAUGGAUAUAACUACGGCUGUGUUCAACGCGGCCAGAGAUGGUAAGCUGAAACUUAUCCAGAAGUUGCUGAGCAACAAAACUCCCGAAGAGCUCGAAGCUCUAGCCGAAGAGAAAACACAAGGAGGCACUCCUCUCUUGAUAGCGUCGCGAUAUGGACACUUAGAUGUCGUAGACUACCUCCUUGAGCAUUGUAAAGCUAAUGUCGAACUCGGGGGCUCGGUGAACUUUGACGGGGAGACCAUCGAAGGAGCUCCGCCGUUGUGGGCGGCUUCGGCUGCCGGUCACCUCGCGGUGGUCAAGACUCUUUUAAAACACGGUGCCUCGGUGAACAACGCGACUCUGACGAACUCCACACCGCUGCGAGCUGCCUGCUUUGACGGCCACUUGGAGAUCGUCCGCUACCUGGUGGAGCACAGGGCUGACAUGGAGGUGGCCAACAGACACGGCCACACCUGUCUGAUGAUUUCCUGCUACAAGGGCCACAAGGAGAUAGCCAAGUUCCUCCUGGACCGUGGUGCUGAUGUCAACCGUAAAAGUGUCAAAGGAAACACGGCCCUCCACGAUUGCGCCGAGUCAGGCAGCCUGGACAUCAUGAAGUUGUUGUUAAAGUGUAGCGCUCGCAUGGAACGGGACGGUUACGGGAUGACCCCGCUCCUAGCGGCCAGUGUUACGGGACACACCAACAUUGUGGAGUACCUCGCCCACCAGCCCCGCACUUCCAGGGAGGAACGCAUAGAUGCGCUCGAGCUGCUCGGAGCCACUUUUGUGGAUAAAAAACGCGAUCUUUUGGGAGCGAUGAGGUACUGGAGACGAGCCAUGGAGCUCAGGCAGCCAGGGGAAAAAGCAGGGUGCUUGACCAAGCCCCCACCCGGGCCCCCCGUUCCGGCCUACGGCUGCGCGCAGGAGGUGAACAGUGCAGAGGAGCUGGAGGCUCUGAUCACAGACCCCGACGAGAUGAGGAUGCAGGCCUUGUUGGUUCGCGAGCGCAUCUUGGGUCCAUCCCACCCGGACACCUCCUAUUACAUCCGCUACAGGGGAGCCGUCUACGCAGACUCUGGCAAUUUCGAAAGAUGCAUCAGUCUGUGGAAAUACGCCUUGGAUAUGCAGCAGAGCAACCUGGACCCACUCAGCCCCAUGACGGCCUCCAGCUUCUUGUCCUUUGCCGAGCUCUUCUCCUUUGUCCUUCAAGACCGCGCCAAAGGCACCCUGUCAACUCGCAUCACCUUCCACGAUCUGAUGACCGUGUUAGGUAAAAGCGUGCGGGAGGUGGAGCGAGCCGUGGCGCAGAAGGACAAUCCGCCCGAGGCGCCUCAGUUCACCAAGGCGCUGGCCAUUAUCCUCCAUCUCAUCUUCCUGCUGGAGAAGCUGGAGUGCAACCCCGAGCAGGAGCACCAGAAGAAGCACACGGUCUACCGCCUGCUGAAGCUGAAUCCCCGCGGCCGUUGCGGCUUCACGCCGCUCCACAUGGCCGUGGAUAAGGAAACCACGUCGGUGGGCCGCUACCCCGUGGGCCGCUUUCCCUCCCAGGCGGUGGCGUCGCUGCUGCUGGAGUGCGGCGCCGACGUGGACGCGCGGGACUGCGAGAACAACACGGCGCUGCACAUCGCCGCCUGCAACGGCUGCCCAGAGAUCAUGGUGCUUCUCAUGAAGGCCGGGGCGCACUUUGACGCCACCAACGCGCGGAGGAAGGCGGCCUACGAACUGCUAGACGAGCACAAUAUGGGUGACCCGGCUCUCUACCCGCUCAACUACAUCACCCUUCAGUGCCUGGCAGCCCGUGCGGUGGAAAAGCACAGACUUCCUUACAGGGGACUCAUCACCGAGGAGAUGGAAGCGUUUAUUGAGCUGCACUGACCUCCAUGACGACGCUAAUUUGCAUCAAACUUCUUUUGACCCCGUUGCUUGCUUUCCUCCUCCUUUGUUCCACCACAAAUGUUCGGUCCAGCGUUUGAAAUAAAAUUCGAAUGGGCGACCUUAGCAAACGACCGCACCCGCUCAAAUGAAAAACAUUUAAAGGCCAUGGGUUGACACGUGCUUGGUACAUUAUUUAUUGGUUCUAGUUGCUUCCUGUUUGAUGACGUGUUGUGUCUGUUUGGAAGGAUGUUACAGUUGCAGUGCCAACCAUGGCGUCAUUAUGGUCUUUGUGAUGCAAGCCACAAACAUCGUUUGGAUUUAAUACUUGGGAUUCCUCAGGUGAUUUUGAUGAAAAUAU